GUUUCCCAUCGUUCGGACGCACGCAAAGUGUUGGAGCGGUUUACGUUUCUUCUCGCGGUUUAGUUUUUUAGUUUUUUUUUAAAGCAGCCACACACCACUGGACAGAAGAAGACUCACACCGAAAAAAAUCGGUCGCUUUUCCUUGGUUCUGUUCUGAUGUUUGCCCUUCUCGGACGCUGAUAAUUUAAUCCAAUUAUCAACGGAAUAUUGGCGAUACAUUCAGUUUGGACACUAUCAGUUAGUGCGGGGUGACAAAAAGUGUGUGCAAUGUUUCGUGGAGUAGUCCUCCAGAGGUGGUUCCGAUUUGCGCUGGCGGAGGAAGAAAAACUGGCUGCCUAGUGUGUGGUUAGCGCGCAUAGUGGUAGUGGUAGUGGUGGUGGCUGGUUGGCAAGAAUCUAGAAGUAAAAAAGAGGUGUCCAAAGCAGCAGCAGCAGCUAGCAAGCAGUGCUUGUUUCGUGGGUCCGUGUCUUUUCUUGGGGAGCGAGCUGGAUCUGGAUAUGGACAGCAGCUAAUAAGAAGUCACGCUGGUGGUGUGAGUGCGAAGCAGAAGAAAGAAGCAAAGCAUACUAAGCAGGGCAACAAGAAGAGUGUCGGGAAAAAGGUUUGGAAGAAGAGUGGUUUGGUGAGUGAGGUUCCCGCUUGCUGUGCCAGGCCAGAGGAGAAAGAGUGUGUCCGUCCAGUCCAAAGGGAAAAAUCAAAUAAUAUCGAAAUACGAUAACAGCCGGAGGAGAGUGGGCUGCGAUUGUAGGAAGAAGGAAUCUGGAAGACGAAUACGAGGAGAAACAACGAAGUUUCGCUGCAUUUGUUUUUGUAUUCGUGUCAACCGUGGUCUUCGUCGUCGGGGUUCUGCCUCUGCUUUUGCUGGUGGUGGCCGCGCUGUCGUGGAAGUUUUCUGCUGUUGUUGUUAUUGCUGUUAUGGUGUGCGCUGGUGGUGACCAGUACAAUAGGCAGAAGAAGAAGGGUCGCGAAAUUCCGGUGCACUAAUUGGAUGGAAGACGUUUCGAUCAACUCUCGGACUCGAGUGCGUGCGUGCGAUAAUAUAGAUAGGGAAAGUUAGAGUGUAAAUAAUAGAACCACGAUGCUGAGGUUCCUGAGUCGACGGAAGACCCGGAACGUACCGGGGACGGACACGGCUGACAGUCAGAUCAAGUCGCAGCGCAUCCCCAACAACAAGAACCUGGUACCGUGCCGGGUGAUACUGCUGGACAAUACGGACCUGUCGGUGGAUUUAUCGAAGAAAGCCUUGGCGAGUGAUUUGUACGAGCAAGUCAUCUAUUCGCUGGAUCUGAUCGAGAAGGACUACUUCGGGCUGCAGUUCACCGAUGCCAACAAUGUCAAACACUGGCUCGAUCCCACGAAGCCGAUCAAAAAGCAAGUCAAAAUCGGCCCUCCCUAUACCCUCCGGUUGAAGGUGAAAUUCUACUCCUCCGAACCGAACACCCUGCGGGAAGAGCUCACCCGGUACCAGUUCUUUCUCCAGCUGAAACAGGAUCUGCUUGAAGGCCGGCUGGAAUGUCCGGAUCCGCAAGCAGCAGAAUUGGCGGCCCUAGCGCUACAAUCUGAACUGGGUGAUUUUGACGAGACAGUCCACUCGGCCGUAACCGUGUCCGAGUUUCGCUUCGUUCCCAACCAAACCGAAGAGCUGGAGCUGUCGAUCUUGGAUGAGUACAAAAAAUGCAACGGGCUGACGCCGGCCCAAGCGGAAACCAGCUUCCUCAGCAAGGUCAAGUGGUUGGAUAUGUACGGUGUUGAUAUGCAUACUGUUUUGGGCAAAGAUGGGUGCGAGUACCACUUGGGGUUGACCCCCACCGGUAUUCUGGUGUUCGAAGGUAUCCAGAAAAUAGGUCUGUUCUUUUGGCCCAAGAUAGGUAAGCUGGAUUUCAAGAAGAAAAAGUUAACCCUGGUCGUGGUGGAGGACGACGAUCACGGCCGGGAACAGGAGCAUACGUUCGUCUUUCGGCUGCAUAAUGAGAAGGCCUGUAAGCACCUGUGGAAGUGUGCCAUCGAGCAUCAUGCCUUCUUCCGGUUGCGCGCUCCGGUCAAGGGACCAUCGGCACGGCAGAACUUUUUUCGGAUGGGCUCCCGCUUCCGAUACUCUGGCAAAACAGAGUUCCAGACAACGCAACAGAACCGAGCCCGGCGAACGGUCCAGUUCGAGCGACGGCCCUCACAGCGUUUCGCUCGUCGUCAAUCGCACGUGCUGCGAGAACGUCAGAAGCAAGUCUUUCCCGAUCAGCAGCAGCCAGCGCAACAGCAGCAGCCACAGUUAUUAUCUACCGCUGAUGACACUCAGAACUCCACCUCGGGAACAUCAACUCCAUCAGCGAACACGGUGAUCCAUAACCAUAUCUCGGCAUCGGCCAGCAGUGCUUCCGACAUCGGGAUGCAUGUCGUCAACGGCAAUCUACCCUCGCUUAGUUCGAAUAAGUCGAUCUCCUCGAAUGAGGAUGUCACGUUCGGUAAACUGGGAUCGUUCGGGAAGGCUGGAAUCUCCUACAAACCUGAAGAACCAGUCGGUAAACUGAUCGAUCACGACAAUCCCUUUAUGCGGGUACCCGGCCAUCACCACGGUGGAUCGUUCGGCAAAGCUUCCAUUAGUUCUGGUUUUAGCAUUAAAACCACCUCCUCGGAUCGUGACAGUCACAUAGAUACGCUAAUGAAAACCAUCGCAAAGGAUCCAUCGCCCUCGCUGCAUGGAGUGGAACUGAAUGAUGCUAGUAGCUUUAAGGUCACCAUCAACAAAACUUCCGAACUGGAGACGAACAACGAUACGCUGAAAAAGUUGUCCACCAGUGCGGCGGAGAAACCCAACAAUCAGAUCAAGCUGUCAAAUGCGGCCGUUACGCCGCUUCCACCAGGACAGAUCAAGUGCAAUAUUCUCAAGGCACGCGCAGAAGAAGAGCUACAUCCGAAGCUGACCAAUCACCAGCUGUAUGUUCCGCUGAACGAUGGACCAGAUUCGCUAAGCGCGGCGACAUUUGUGUCGGUGGGAGGUGAUAAGCUAACCUUGAACCUAACCGGGACCACGACUCCUACAGUCAGUGGCCACACCACAGUAACGACAAUGAUGUCCAGUCCCACGGUGGUCACUCCGACUUCACCGACACAAUCGCUGAAGAGUUUCCUCCAUCCGAUAACGCCACCACCCUCGCUAGUGUCAACCACCAGCACCACUGCCGUCCACAACAGUUUACCCGAUCAGAUCCCCCUGCUGCUAAUGAACGGUCUCACCCCGUCCCCUUCGGACAAUGUAACCGUCACCCACUUUUCCGAACAGAAAGGCGGAAUCGUCGAAAAAAUUAGCGUUCCUUCCCACUCCCUUGCUACCAGCCCAACUUCUCUAGAAAAGCUAGCCAACAACAACCCGUUCCUCAACAUGUCCCAUCCGUCUUCCCCGACUAUUCCGGUAACCCCUAGCAAAACAUCCACCAACCCAUUCCACAACAUAUCCACUUCCUCAAACAGCUCGGGAACCUCCGAAGCCGGAUUGAACUCAACUGAGACCGUCAGCGUGCCGAGUUCGCCCCAGCAACACCAGCAGCCACUAGUACUAGCACCGGAAUUCAAGAAUAGCAACCCAUUCAAGGAAAGCACGAGCCUGAACAGCUCUCGAGCUCGCAGCAAAAGUCCGGCGGCUAUUGGCAAAGUGACCGUAAGCAGUAGAAGCAAUAGUAGCAGCAGCAGGGGCACCUCUCCCAGCAGCAAUGGCAAUGGCUUGACGACGAAUGCCAUCGAAUUGAAGCGGAUCCCUAGCAUACGGAGACCUACGGAGGCAGUGGUGUCUGGUACGUCUACUACGGCGUCAACGGAUGCGACGGAUAUGUCAGCGCCGCAAAGCAAUGGUACCUUGGAGAACAGCAGCAAGAGCAAACCGGCCAAGGAAGCCCUGAAGGAGAACAUCAAACCCCACUCGAUGGACAUCUCGCCGUGGCUCGUCUCCGCGGAUGUCGUAACCGGUUCGACAAAGGCCAAGGAGGCUACUAUUAUCCGGAAGUCGGUCAUCACCACGCAGCUGUAGAUAACUAUCUAAUCUUAAACUUUCGCUUGUUUUAGAUGUCAAAUAUCUAUCAGAAAUCGCAUGUACUAGAGAAUGAACUAGUAUGUGUUCAGUUUGUCCAACUGAGUUUACUUGUUUUCUUUUUUUAUUUUAUUGUUAAGCAAUUUGAUGUGCAUCUUUGACUACUUUUUGAUCACGAAGGGCUUGCAAUUCUGUCUUUUACGGUAAAGCUAACGAAGCUUCGGUUUUUUUUUGUUCGUUGAAAAAAAUUAUCUACUUAGGUGAACAAUUGUUAAUGUUGAAUGAGCCUUGCAAUAGAAACGAUAUUAUACUAACAAAUAAAUUGAUUUGCUCUGAUUUUGCAGUGUAAAAAAACGAGAUCAUUCCCGCAAUUGCUUAAUCGGUAAAGCAGCUCAGCAACCCGCAUAUAGUAUUAAAUGAUCUCAAAACAUUCCGUCUUCUGUGUACACAUCCCUCAAGUAUGAUUGAACUGAAUUUAGAUCGCUUUUUGUUAUGCUACUUUACUUAUAUUCGUGGUGCUUUACUUUGCAGUAGGCAAACGACGCGCAUUUCCUCUCAGCUGCAACCCAAGUACUUAAUUUUGCCUUGAUAGAGCUCAAACGACCCUUAAACUAGUAGUGUGAUCCUGAAUACAUCGAAUUAGUGCGUAGCUUGUUUCCUGAAUUGAAGUUUAAUGUAUUUUUCUCAUUUUUUUUUACAUUGACUUUGACACGUUUUCUCCUAAAUCUACGCUAGAAGAAUAAUAGUGCACUGAAAUUCAGGUGCCAUGAAUGAGGAAAGUGAGUAGAAACCUGAAUGGACAACGUCUGAAUCAAAUUGGAUAGAGUAUAUAUAUAUAUAUAUAUAUAUAUAUAUAUAUAAAUAACACUUAAAGUAUCAACUGUAAGAAGAAGCCCAUGAAAAUCUUCAUGUGAAGAACGACACCUUUAUCGUUAAGUAUUUAUUUAGAAUGUGUUUUUCGCUUCAUCUGUUCCACUUUUAACAGCGACUAAAGUCAAGCAAAACAGCGAAUGUGGGAUGUGAAGUAAUAAUUUUAAAAAUUAUUAUUAUUCCGUAGAAACAGGAUAAACGAUGGUCUUAUUAAGGUCGCAUUUGUAGAUGGAAAUGUUUAUCAAAACCUUUUAUUUAGUGAAACAGAUGAAAUCAAAAUAUGGAACAAAAGUGAGAACAAGAAUCAAAAUUUUUACCUCUAUCCAUAUACAACAUGAUUUUAUGUAGACGACUUGUAAUUUGAGGAAAUCUUUUUAUAUACACUCGUGCGCUCAGUGCAUGCAAUUCUAUUUACCCUAAAUGGAGAAGUGGUUUGCUGGAUGUUGCAAAACGAAAAGAAAGAAUGGAUUAGUAUUUGCUUAAUUACUGAAAAAUCGGUCUGAUGAAGAAACAUUUGUGCCUGAUCUAGCAGGAACCUUCGCCCACAAGUGUGUGGAUGAAUGAAAAUAUAUAUAUUUGUGUAUUUAGAGGAUUUUUACAAGGAAAUAAAAUGCAGUGAUACAUUGUGGA